UGCGACGCAGCCGCAGUGAGACCCAGUCGGCGCAGGCAAGGGGAGGUGGUGGAUGGUCGGCGGAGCUGAGGCGGGAGCCGGGUUUCUUUUUCUUAUCUUUUUUCCCCCUUCGCCGGGAGGCUUCGGACUGGAGCCGCCAUGGGGCCGUGGUGACCGAGCAGAGGGACCGGCGAGGGCGGGAGGAGGAGCGCCAUGAACCUGAGGGGCCUGUUUCAAGAUUUUAACCCGAGCAAAUUUCUUAUUUAUGCCUGCCUGCUGCUGUUCUCAAUUUUGCUGUCUCUCCGGCUGGAUGACAAGAUCGAGUGGAGCUACUGGGCUGUGUUUGCUCCGAUAUGGCUGUGGAAGUUAAUGGUUAUAGUGGGUGCCUCCGUAGGGACUGGUGUAUGGGCCCGGAACCCACAAUAUCGAGCAGAAGGGGAAACGUGUGUGGAGUUCAAAGCCAUGUUAAUUGCCGUCGGCAUCCACCUCCUCCUGCUGAUGUUUGAAGUUCUGGUCUGCGACGGAAUCGAGCGAGGGACCCGUUUCUGGCUGCUGGUCUUCAUGCCCCUCUUCUUCGUGUCUCCGGUAUCGGUGGCUGCUUGCGUGUGGGGCUUCCGCCAUGACCGGUCUCUGGAGCUGGAAAUCCUGUGCUCCGUCAAUAUACUCCAGUUCAUAUUUAUUGCCCUCCGAUUGGACGAAAUCAUCAAGUGGCCAUGGCUUGUUGUUUGUGUCCCUCUGUGGAUCCUGAUGUCCUUUCUCUGUUUGGUUGUGCUAUAUUAUAUCGUUUGGUCAGUCUUGUUCUUACGCUCAAUGGACGUGAUUGCCGAACAGAGAAGAACACACAUUACGAUGGCCGUCAGUUGGAUGACGAUCGUGGUUCCGUUGCUCACCUUCGAAGUAGGUUGA